AUGGUGGUCAAGACUUCCAAAAUGGCAGCCAAAGUUAUGGGUUUGGGUCCGGAGUGUGCAAAGAGGCAACCCUCAAAUUCAGCUGUAUUAUUCGAAUUCUCCGAGCUAAACGACAUCGGCUACGCACUAGUCCAAGGCAAAUCCAUCCAAGAAGUAACAAACUACGUCCCACUUUUAGUUGAGGCCCAAAUCAACGCUGCAAGAGAGGUGAUCAAAUUGGGUGCGACGCGGGUACUAUACACCACAGCCGCCCCUCUAGGCUGCUAUCCCUACAUUCUAACAGCGUUAACGACCAAUGACACGUCAGCCUACGACGAACUAGGAUGUUUGAGGGCGGUUAACAACAUCGCCGUCAAGUUUAACGCUAAUCUCACAGCUUCUUUCCUCGCUCUGAGAGUAGAAUUUCCAAAGGUCAACAUUUUGCCUGCCGAUUACUACGCAACCGUGAGAGUGCUAAUCUCUUUCAAAACCCCAAUUAUCGGUUCGAGGCUUAGAAACCCCGCGUUGAGAUCUUGUUGCGGGGUCGGGGGAAGUUAUAACUAUGAUAGCAACAGGUUUUGUGGGAGCCCUAAUGUGACGGCUUGCUCAAACCCUAAUAACUCCAUAUAUUGGGAUGGUUUGCACUUUACACAACAAGUGUAUCGGAGCGUUAUAGGCAUACAAGCUCUACCGGCGCUGUUGCUGCUCGGAUGCAGACCAAUAUAACUAUAUAAAUGUGUGCUUCUAAAUUACUGCAGAUGUGAAAAAAACUGCAAAUUGUAGAAAAUUGUAACACUAUAAUAAGGUGUUAUAAUACCAAUUAAAUAAAUAAGUUACCAUUUUCAU